AUGAGCACCACUACCACGUUGCUCGUUGGCGACACGGCCUCCAUGUCCAUCACUUCCAUCGCUGCAAAAACGACUACUACAACUACAACGGCAACUUCAGGUUGUCCAAGCUGCGGUUUUGAGCUGCGCUUGGACAGCGACCAUGCCCAGCGGCGCAUCUCUGAGCUAGAGGCGCAGGUGAAAUUCCUGAACAAGAGGGCUGUGGAGACCGCGGAGAAGCUCGCCGACUACGAAGACGAAAUCCGCUUCCUCCGUUCCAAAAUAACCAACCAAUCCCCGUCAACUCCCACCCUCGUCUCCUCUUCCCAGACAGACAACAACAACAACAGUAAUAAUAACAGCAAUAAUAAUAAUACCCUCCUCACCUCGCCCCCUCAACACCAACAAAUCCCCACCCCACCCUCCCAAUCCCGCCUAGGAACCCUCGCCUCCCUCCUCCCCUACGCCCGCCGCAACGCCCCAACCCCGCCUCCUCUAAACCGCUCUCCAAGCCCAACCAACAGACCCCCAAUCUCCCCCUCCGCCUCCUCCAACAGCGACAAUUAUAAUAAUAACCAAUCCCAAUCCCAAUCCCAGCCCCAGCCGCAGCCGCAGCUGCAGCAGCAGCCACAACCGCAACCACAGCCGGAACCAGACACAGCCCUCCAGAGCGCCCUAUCCCGCGAACAAACUCUGCGUAAACAAGCUGAAUCCCGCCUCAAUCAGACAAACUCCGAGCUUGAAGAACUCACCGCGCAACUCUUCUGUCAGGCGAACGAGAUGGUUGCGCAGGAGCGCAGGGCGAGAGCGAAGUUGGAGGAGAGGGUUGACAUUCUUGAACGGAGGGAUGCGGAGAAGAGAGACAGAUUGGAUCGGUUGGAGAGGGCUGUUGAGAGGGUGGAGAGGGUUAGGGGGAUGGUUGGGUAG